AUGUCUACCAACGAGACUUCGACCGGCCAGUCCUACCUGGACAAGGCUGUAGGCGCAGUUCAGAGCGGUAUCGGGUCUUUGACUGGUAACACUGCCGACAAGGCCCAAGGCGAAGCCCGCAAAGACGUCGCAGACCAAAAACACGACCUCUCCCACACCGCCGCAAAAGCCGGUCCCAUCUCCGUCACCCCCGAAGGCGGCAUCGCCAAAGACUCACCGGACCGCACAAGCGGCGCGUGGAACCAAAACGUGGGCGCCGCCAAAGAAGCCGUGGGUGGUUUCCUGGGCGCCGAGGGACUAAAGCAAGAAGGUAUCCGCCAGAACAAAGAGGGAAAAGGCCAGGAAGCAGCGGGCCAGGUGAAUGAUCUCGGAAAGGGGAUUGGAGAUCGUGUAGGCGGUAAUAUUGGGGCUGCAGUUGCGGGCAUCACGGGGAAUGAGGCGCAGAAGGAGGAGGCGAGACGGCAGCAUGAUGAGGGCAAGGCGAGGCAGAGGGGGGUUGAGGCGGAUUUGCAGAAGAGGGCUGAGGCUGAGGGGGCGUGA